AUGAACCACACCGAUAUGACGCUGGAGUGCGAAACGUGGUCCAAGUCCCUGAUGGACCACCUCGGGCUGGGCUUCAACUGGCACAUGGACAACAAGCCUGCACCUGCCAAAAAGGCCUUUCGAAAGCUCGUCACUCGCCAAUGGGGACUCUACUCACUGGCGGUCACGGCCAUCUUCAUUCUUGGGGCUUACGCCCUCACAAACGUCGCCGUCGACGCCAUAGUUAUCCGACGACUCAGAAAGUACGCCCGACCACCAGGAACUCGCGUGCAGUUCUUCCGACAGGGCCUGCGACUCAGACUCAUGAUCCCUCUGUUGCUGACCAUUGUCACAGUCUGCUCUCUAGUCCAGACAUACCAAGACUUCAUCUUCCUUACCAAACGACUCGGCCGAGUGUCUGCUGCUCUCUAUCCAGCCAUGCUUUUUCUGGCUCUCAGACCCUCGCCACUUCCUAGAACCUUCUACCUCGCAUUGUUGCCAGUCCACAAGUGGCUGUCACGAAUCGUAGUGCUCACCACGGUCCUGCACUCCAUCUUCUACGCAUACAUCUAUUACUCUACAGGCGUACUGGGUAAGAAGAUGGCCGAGAUCGAAAACAUCUACGGUAUCAUUGCUACCGCUCUUUUCUUGCUGAUCGCAGCUACCUCCAUUGCUCCCAUCAGACGAAAGAUGUACCCCAUCUUUUACGGAAUCCACUACCCUGCAACCUGGGCCUGUGUGUUCCUCAUCUGGGGCCACGCCCGUCCCCCUGCCAAUGGAUACUUUUACUGCUCCCUGGCAAUCCUCAUCGGACAGAUUCUUUACCGAAUCUGGACCACCACUCACGUCAAGCCUCUGAGUAUCUUCCCCGUGUCUCCUACCCUCUUCCUUGUAACCUACCCUAACGUAUACAAGCGAGGAUACAAGCCUUCGGAGUACGGGGGUCUUCCCAGCUUCGAUCGAGAUGUAGAGGAUCAUGACUUCGAUGCCAAGCCGGUCUUCACCCCUGCUUCACACAUUCGUCUCAGCUCGCCACUGUGGCAGCCCGCCACUUGGAUGAAGUCCUCUCAUCCCUACACCGUUGCCUCCCGGCCUGAAGACGACCAUUUGCAGCUGGUUGUGCGAAAGAGCAACUUCUUCCCUGACACCACACUCCAUGCAAACCGGAACAUGUCUCUGACAGGUCCCUUCUGCUCGGUUCCUUCGACGUUCUUCAUCCCCGGGGCCGCCAAGCGAGUUCUCUUGGUCUGUGGUGGUACCGGUAUCUCUUUUGCUGCCCCUGUUCUGAGACACUGUGCAGAUAGAGGCAUCCCUUGCAAACUAGUGUGGGCUAUUCGAGAAGUUCGAGAUGUGGCCAUCUUGCCUCUGCUUGGAAUCCGAUGCGAUACCUCUGUCAACGUGGAGAUUGAAGUCUACGUGUCUCGUCCCAUCACUUCUCUCUCCCCCACAAAGGCUGGAAUUAUGAACGACUAUCGAUCUUCUCUUGGAAACAAGGAUGAGGCUGCCGCCGCAGAUGAUAUCGAUAUCAACAUUGAGGCCUGUGGGCAUGGCUGCUGCACUCCUUGUCAGGGCAACCCAGAACGAGUGCCUCUUCUGGAGGCUCAGAAACGUGAGGCUAAGCACCAGGAGCAACAGUCUCAGGCUCAGUCUCACGCCCAGCAACAGGCACUGGGAGAGAUACCAGUAUCUUCUAACGGUACGAUCGACUACAAUGCCAUCCAGCCAGUUAAGGCCGUUCCUCUCCUGCGUCGUCCUCGAAAGAUGACCUCCACUCUGCUUCGGAAGUCGUGGAUCCCCACUGAGUACGACUCGCCGCUGGCUCAAUUCACUAUGAUCUCAUCAAAGCUCGCUCUGAACCUAGAUCUAGCGAAGUGGUUGUCUGGAGUACUGGAGCCUCCUUGUGGCUCUCGAAACUCGACUCACACUACAGGUGGUACUUGUUGUAUGCAGGUUCCCGGUCUGGUCGAUAAGACCGGCUGCUGGGUGCUUGCUUCUGGCUCUGUUCAGCUGGUCAGAGAAACCAGCAAGUGGGCCGCUGAUAACAGUUUCUUGUGUGUCAAGGACGAGUACUCCAUGUAA